AUGACAGGGACAAAGCUCGUACAGUCCUUGGUUGAAGACGCGGAAAUGGCGAUGAGUCAAGAAACCCUGGAAAUCAGCAUCCUGGAACUGAACCUGGGCGUGUUGGAGCAGAAGAUGGAAGACACUGAAGACAGAGAUGGUCAACCCAGUCCUUUCACUACACACUUCUACGGUAAGCACACCCAGUUGCACCUUGAAGACGAAAAGAGGGAAGGGACUCGCACGAUGCAACCACUGCACUUCAGCUACCGUCUGAACUGGAAUGCGUAUUAUCGCAUCACCUCAUGCGCCACGAUCCAAAUUCAGCUGAGCAAAGUCACCUCGAGCACACCCACAACAGCUGGUCUGGCCCCCAACUGCAUAUAUCCCACACGACAUUCAAGGUUUCGAUGCAAAGAUCGACAGCCAGUUGAACUGUGGAGGAAAGAACGAGGGAUUGACUGUGCGCUGCGAGUGCCCGCCCUCGAUGCGGUAAUGAACUGA